AAUUCUGAUGAGCUCCCAACGGCUGGCUCCCAGACGUGAGGCGAAUUACUAGGCCCAUAACUCCAAGGUGCCAAUUUCAGGGGGCUUGACCGUGUUAAAUAAACCUGACUGAACCGGGCCGUUUGGAGAAGGUACGUCAACCGUUUAGCUGGGCCGUGCCAGAUCGGACACCCGCCGACCCGCUCUGUGCUCGACGGUUUGUCGCUACGAAACAGGGCAAGAGGGCGUCAGGUUUGACGCGGCCGCUCCGCACGGUCAUGGAGCUCGAGCUUCGCUGAGAAUGGCCAGUCACACGGAUGAGCUCCGAGGUUGUUCUGGUGGUUAAGUCCUUUUCCUACCCCUUCUUUACCACGCUUGUGGCAUGGCCACUGCGGCCUGUGUACCGACCGUGUAGGACGUGGCCGGUCGUAUGUGUACAGCAAGAGUGUGCGUGCCCGGUCGUCGGGCGAUUUCACCGGCGCAUGCAUGGCACCGCCGCACCGGUGCUCGGUCGGCAUAUAAAGCCGCAUUGUAUCAUACGGCUUGGUCACACAAGAGCCAAGCUCCACUAAUCCCAAUGGCUUCCUUCGCACGAACACCGGCCAUCUACCUCGUCACAAGCUUCUUGGUGCUCCUAUCCUGCUCGCAGCAAGCGCGAGGCGUGAACUACACCUUCGCGAGGGACGCGACGCGGGCGCCGGCGGUGUCCUACUACGACUACAUCAUCGUGGGCGGCGGCACUGCGGGGUGCCCGCUGGCCGCGACGCUGUCGCAGCGCUUCCGCGUGCUGCUGCUGGAGCGCGGGGGCUCGCCGUACGGCGACGAGCGGGUGGAGAACAUGACCCACUUCACGGCCACGCUCGCCGACACCUCCGCGGGGUCGCCGGCGCAGCGGUUCGUGUCGGAGGACGGCGUGAUCAACUCGCGCCCUAGGGUGCUGGGCGGCGGCAGCUGCAUCAACGCCGGGUUCUACACCCGCGCCAGCGACGACUACGUGCUGGACGUCGGGUGGGACCUGGCCGCCACAAAGGAGGCGUACCGGUGGGUGGAGGACGUGGUGGCGUUCCACCCGGAGCUCGGGCCAUGGCAAUCCGCGCUGCAGAGGGGGCUCUUGGAGGCCGGCAUCGCCCCCGACAACGGCUUCACGUUCGACCACAUCGACGGCACCAAGAUCGGUGGGUCGAUCUUCGACGACGAGGGCCGGCGCCACACCGCCGCCGACCUGCUGCGGUACGCGCGCCCCGAGGGCGUCGACGUGCUGCUCCGGGCCAGAGUCGCCAAGAUCCUCUUCAACGUCGGAGGGGGGCGCCGGCCGGUGGCGCACGGGGUGGUGUUCCACGACUCGGAGGGGCAGAUGCACAGAGCGUACCUCAACGCCGGCCGUCGCAACGAGAUUAUCCUCUCGGCGGGCGCCCUGGGCAGCCCGCAGCUGCUGAUGCUCAGCGGCGUCGGACCCGCGGACCACCUGCGCUCCUUCAACAUCACGCUCGUCCUCAACCAGCCCGCCGUCGGCCAGGGCAUGGCUGACAACCCCAUGAACGCCAUCUUCGUGCCGUCGCCUUCCCUGGUCGAGGUUUCUCUCAUCCAGGUCGUCGGCAUCACCCAGUUCGGGAGCUACAUCGAGGGCGCCAGCGGCUCCAACUGGGCCAACCCGCGCCACCAGGCCUCCGGCUCCGGCUCCGGCGGCGGCCAACACCGGCCGCCCCGCAACUUCGGGAUGUUCUCUCCGCAGACGGGGCAGCUGGCGACGGUGCCCCCGAAGCAGCGGACGCCGGAGGCGAUCGCGCGCGCGGCGGACGCGAUGAGCCGGCUCGAUGACGCGGCGUUCCGCGGCGGCUUCAUCCUGGAGAAGGUCAUGGGCCCGGCGUCCACGGGCCACCUCGAGCUGCGGAACCGCAACCCGGACGACAACCCGGCGGUCACCUUCAACUACUUCUCCCACCCGGAGGACCUCCGGCGCUGCGUCGACGGCCUGACGGUCAUCGAGCGCGUCAUCAGGUCCAAGUCCUUCCAGAGGUUCACGUACCCGGACUUCUCCAUCGAGAUGCUGCUCAACAUGACGGCGGAGUUCCCCGUCAACAUGCUGCCCCGGCACGACAACGACUCCAGGUCCCUGGAGCAGUUCUGCAAGGACACCGUCAUGACCAUCUGGCACUACCACGGCGGAUGCCAGGUCGGCAGGGUCGUCGACGCCGAGUACAGGGUGCUCGGCGUCGAUGCGCUGCGUGUCAUCGAUGGCUCCACACUCAAUGCCUCGCCGGGAACCAACCCGCAGGCCACCGUCAUGAUGCUCGGCAGGUAUAUGGGGGUCAAAAUCCAAAACGAGAGGUUGCACGCUGAAGGAUUCAAGAGGCGAAAACUGUAACUAGUUACUAGUGUGAUGCUUGUUUCACUAUUGGUAGCCUGAACCUGUUACUAGUCAUGAUCGACUGUAAUUUCAUUGGGAUGAAUUGCACGUCAUUAAUUGUUGGAUUUGUGUGUUCGUAUGAACUACCAAGAUGAAAUCUGUAUUGUCUGAAAGACAAACUGAAAUUUGUAAUUUAACAAGAAAUCUUAUCAAGAAACAUUCGUGGA